AUGGGAGAGGCUGGAAGUGAGCAGCAGUGGGAGCCGGAGAGGUGCUGGGUGCUGCGACAGCCAUGUCCACCCUGCCAGAGGCAACCAGCUGGGCAGAGAGAGAGGAAAGGCAAGGUGGCAGUCUCCAAAGACCCAAAUGAAGAUACUGAAUGGCAUGACAUACUGAGACAUUUUAGAAUUCUUCCUCCAAAAGAAAAAACAAAAGAUGAAACAGAAGAAAUGGGUUUACACCUGCAGAAAGAAGCAGAAGUGAAUCCAUAUGAAAGAAUGAGUCUUGAAGAACUGAAGGAAGCUGAAUAUGACUUUGAUGAGGCUGAUAGGAAAGCUCUUGAAAUGUACAGGCAGCAACGCAUGCAAGAAUGGAAAUGUCUUCAGAGGAGGCAAAAAUAUGGGGAGCUAAGAGAAAUUAGUGGUGAGCAGUAUGUAAAGGAAGUUACAAAUGCUCCGGAGGAUGUUUGGGUUAUAAUACAUCUUUAUCGGUCAAGCAUCCCAGCGUGUUUACUCGUUAAUAAACAUCUCAGCCUGCUAGCCAGGAAGUUUCCAGAAGUCAAGUUUCUCAAAGCCAUUGUAAACAGCUGCAUUCAGAAUUACCAUGACAGCUGUUUACCCACAAUACUUGUGUACAAAACUGGUGAAAUAAAAGGCAGGUUCGUUGGAGUAACUGAAUGUGGAGGAAUAGGUCUUAAAGUGGAAGAGCUCGAAUGGAAACUAGCUGAAGUUGGAGUUAUAGAAACUGACUUAGAAGAAAAUCCCAAAAAGGACAUUAUGAAUAUGAUGACACUGUCAGUAUGAAAUAUUUCUGCUCGGAAAGACACCAAUGCAAAAAGCAGCGAUGUGAUGAAACCAUGUAUUACUUCAGAAAAUUUUUAUGCAGAUCAACAGUUCUGA